AUGGGAGGGUCUGGAUCCCUGCGGAGCAGAACCCUCUGGUUCACGCCCACGGAAAUGGCUCUUUUUUACCAAGGUGCCGGGGUACUUCUCCUCCUGGCACUGUCUGUAAUCCUGGCUGAAGGUGGGAAGAUCCUGGUGGUACCCCAGGAUGGAAGUCACUGGCUCAGCAUGCGCCCAGUAGUGGAGAAACUGCAGCAAAAGGGACACCAAGUUGUUGUGGUUGUACCCUCAACCAGUCUGUAUAUGAAGUCAAAGGAGCCUCAGAAUUACACAGUGAAAGUGUAUCCAAUCCCUUACACAGACGAAUACUUGGAUGAAAUGCUCAAGACCUACAUUAAUGUCCAUUUUCUUGAACAAUCUGUUUUGAAUGUUGUUCUUACCUCGUAUCAAAGCACGAUAGCAAUCUCCUCGAUCUUCUUCACCAACUGUAAGAGCCUGCUGCAGAACGAGGAGCUGAUGCAGGACUUGAAAGCGAGCAAAUUCGAUGUGGUUUUCACAGAUCCCAUCCUGAUGUGUGGGCCCCUGGUGGCUGAGUAUCUUUCUGUUCCUUCCAUCUACUUCCUGCGGGGCUUUCCCUGCGGAAUGGAUUCCGCUGCUACCCGGUGUCCAAGCCCUCCCUCCUAUGUCCCCAGGUUAUUCUUGGAUAAUUCAGACAGCAUGAUGUUUUCCCAACGGGUGAAGAACAUGCUGGUCGAUCUGCUGGAGCUCUUCUACUGUAAGCCUAUCUAUGAUAACUUUGAAGAACUUGCCUACGAGGUUUUCAAAAAGAAAGUGACAGCGACAGAACUCCUGAGCCGUGGAUCCUUCUGGCUGAUGAGAUACGAUUUUGUGUUUGAGUUCCCGAGACCAGUGAUGCCAAACAUGGCUUUUAUCGGAGGGAUUAACUGUGUUCAGAGGAGAAAACUGUCUCAGGUACAAAAUUUUCUUUGGUUUUUAUAGGGCAAAGGCAAA